AUGCCCGUGCCGAAGAAGAAGAGUAAGAAUACUUCCUAUUUCUCGCAUGAUUUUAUCAUUGCGAAUCAUGGAGAUAUCGUAAGCGUCAUCGCCAUGAUUUUUAUUGGUGGUAUGCUAUUCCCGGGUCCUUCACGAGCAGCUUCCCUGUUUGUAGCAAUGCAGCAUAAUGCAAGCAACGAAACUUGUAAUAUAGGGGUUGACAGCAUGUCGGAUGUCCUCUACACAACAGGACGGUAUGAUCUACUGGCUGUUUUCUUUUAUACACUGAUUUGUAUAAUUGUACAUGCCGUUAUACAAGAAUACAUAUUGGAUAAAAUGUCCAAAAAGCUCCACCUUCCUCGAUUCAUGCAAUCCAAGUUCAAUGAAUCUGGCCAGCUCCUCUUCUUUUACGUAUUUUCUGUCUAUUGGGCUGUUUACGCUCUUAUAAAUGAGCGCUUUUUGACGAGCUUAGAUGGACUCUGGUCGGGUUACCCUCAUGCUGUCAUGCCUUUUUGGAUUAAAGUAUUCUUCAUUGUGCAGAUAAGUUACUGGGUGCACAACUUUCCAGAACUUUAUUUCCAGAAGGUUAAAAAAAGUGAAAUGACAAAUCGGGUAUUUUAUUCUUCACUCUUCCUUAUUGGCGUUUCUGCAGGAUAUUUCAUGAACUUUUCCAAACUUACGAUGAUUCUGGUUAUCUUGCAUUACGUAACUGAUUCAUUCUUCCACUUUUCACGUCUAAUGAAACUCUAUGGCCAUGUGGCAGCUGUCAACUUCGGGUUUGCGGUGUAUAAUGGACUAUACAUCGUUUCUCGCAUUAUGUGUUCUGUGCUAGCCUUCCUCACGUUCUAUUACGGUUUACCUCAGCAUAGCAUCCCGACCAUGAAUAUUGUCAGUGGAAAUUUUAACACCUGGAUUAUCCGGUUGAACUGUAUGAUGUUCGUACUGCUUACCCAAGCUCACAUGGUGUGGACUUUCAUCAACUACCACUUCACCAAAAUGCGUGAAAGGAAAGCUCAACAACAUACAAAUAGUGUGUACAUUACGAACAACGAUCUACAAAAACGCAAAGAAAAGCAGCAAAAGAAGGCCAAACAAGAGGAUGCAAGGGAAUCCCUUGAAUACAGCAAUAACGGCGUCAAGCAAAAGAAGCAAAAGGCACAAUAA